AUGGCGUCAAAUGGAGAUUUAGAUAGCUGGAACCCUAUGAAGGAUGACCAUCUGAACGAAGAGUUUAAUAAAUAUGACAGAGGACAUGGUAAAGACAUGCCAAAGAGAGGCCCAGAUCGCUAUGGUGGUGUGUCCCUUUAUGUCACUGGAAUUCCAGAUGAAAUGACGGAAGAAGGGCUGGUAAAUUUGUUUAGUAAGGCUGGCACAUGUGUGGAGGCUAAGAAAAUGAAGUCCAAAAUGGAGGGGACUGGGAAUACGUAUGGGUUUGUCAAGAUGGCGACAGUCAAUGAGUGUGAGAAAGCCAUUCGCAAAUAUCAUGAAUUUCCCAUCGGAGACUGCAAGUUACGAGUGAAGUUCUCUAAAACAGACGAGGAUCGAAAUCGACAACAAAAGCAGAAACAGGAGGAAGAAGAGUUCCUGAGUUCUUUGAGCAGCAACAGGAAGUCUUAUUCACGCAGUAAAGCCAGCUCGGGAUCGGAGUCAGAUGGCAGCGCUCAUUUCAUGAGCAGGUCAGGGGAGAAAAUCAUGUUCGGAAAGAACAAAGUAAACGAAAGCCCACCAACCUUGCAAGAAGCUCCAGUGAAGAAACCAGCAGGAGAUGGGCGGCCGGGAUUAUUAGGGGAUUACCCAGGUGCCCUGAGUCAGGUGUCCCCCAUGUCUUGUGCAAGGUCAGAUGUCUCCACCCCCAUUGAUCCCUCUCUUUUUCAUUCUCCAGGAAGCAGCCACCUGGACAUGAAAUUUCAGUCCAUGGGGCGGAGGCAGGCCACAAGCCCCAGUCAGAAUGGUGUCGAGUUCCAAGGCAGUGCUCCUCAGGAUUUCUACGAGCAAAAUCAGCAUCCUGGAUAUGUUGGGGAACCAAACGCAGGCAUGCGGAUAGUGUCUGAUGGAGAAUAUAGACAUGUUCAGCAGAGAAUGGGAAGGGAUAACAUGAGAGGCUCCCCAAGGGGACAUUUUAGGGGAAGGGGUAAUAUGGGGGGUAAUAUGGGGAGAGGAAAUUAUAAUAAAUAUCAUGAUAACUUUCCCAUGUAUGGCAACAGAGGUAGGGGAAUGAUGGGGCCCAGAGGUAGAGGUAUGAAUUAUAAUAGAAUGGGGCCAUGGGGAUACACAGAUAAUCUACAAGGAAAUUAUCAAGGAGGAUAUAGAAACCAGGAGCCUUUUUACCAUGGACAGAAUGUGGGUCCCUCUUACAACAUGAGGGGAUUCCGAGGGGGAAGAGUGCGCCCAAACAGAGGCAGAGGUCAGUUUACGCCCAAACCAGAGAAGAGGAUCAUGGAUCGUCCUUGUGCCAACUGCAAGAAGAUGGGUGGAUUCCAGUGCAGUCGCUGUAAGACGCCGUACUGCUCUCAACAGUGUCAGGCUGACCAUUGGCCAGAACACAGCCAAAACUGUAAAGACAUCAAGGAGCAGCUUGCUGAGGAUGAAGUUGCCAGUCAGUUUGAGGUAACGAUUGGAGAAGACUCUGUAGUAGAGGAAAUGAAAUCAUAUGCCAAAAGUAUUAUUCAGGAACAGUAUGGCUCUGUAAGUGGUUGUGCAAAAUCACCACAGUCUAGUCAACAGAUCACGCCAAAUCGGCAGAGAGCAAGUCAGCCGUCGCCAAAACAAAGCAGUUCCUUUUCAUCCAUCAGGGAGCCGAAACAGGAGUCUAGUCAACAGGUCACACCAAACAGAGCAAGUCGGAGUCAGCCAUCCCCCAAACAGAGUGAUUCCUUGUAUGACAGGGAGCCCAAACAGCAGUCGGGUGUAACCCCAGUCCAGAAUGCCAGCACUCCAUCACCACAUGUACUUCCUCAAGAUGGGCAAAGAAAGUCUGCACCAUCACCUUCUAACAGAAUUGUUAUAAACAGUCUAGAUACUGGCGAGGAAUAUGAACUGAUUGUGGAGAGUGUGGAGGACCCCAGUAGAAUUGUUGUCCAGAUCUUGAAUUCUGAGGACCUGCAGAAAUUGGCAGAGCUGAAUGCUGAAAUGAAAAAGGUGCUUGACAAGGACAAUCGUACUGUAUCUGACCCUGCAGUGGGGGAGUUCUAUGCUGGUCAGUUUACAGACGGAAGCUGGUACCGCUGUCGAGUGGACACCCAUGAUCCUGACCAUCAAGUCACUGUGACUUAUGUAGACUAUGGCAACAGGGAGACAAUAACGUACAACAAACUGAGGAAUCUUCAGCCACAGUGGUGUACACUGCCCGGACAGGCAAUAGUGUGCACUUUGGAUGGAGUAGUUCCUCAUAUGGACUCCAAAUUUUGGAGCCAGCAGGCAGUAGACAAAACUAAAGAACUGCUGCCACCCACCAUGGAAUGUGGGAGGAUGUACAAGGUGACCUGUACUGGAAAAGAUGAAGAUCUGAUCUUGAUUAAAGUGCUGGAUGCCAAUGGACAAGAUGUCAGCGAGACCCUUAUAGACUCCGGCCUAGCAUCCAAAAAAAGCCAGAACAAACAGUCUUCAGGGCCACAGUUUAUAUGUAUUGAUGCCAAAGAAAUAGAAGAUAAAAUGGAAGACUGGAUCAGUGGCCAGAAAUACGAUGUGUUAAUAGCUGAGAGGGACAGCCCACUAGACUUUUACGUCCAAAAAGUAGAGGAUCUUGAAAAAUCCAUGACUCCAUACUGCGCCAAAGUCAAUGAGGAAUGUAUGGCUAUACAGACAGAUCACUAUCACCCUAAAGGAGUUGGGGAGCUGGUGUAUGGCCUAUAUGACAGCAAUUGGUACCGAGCUGAAGUCCUCAGCCUGUCCAACCAGCAGGCAAAGAUUUAUUUCAUUGAUUUUGGAAACACUGAACUGGUUCCUUUCAGUGAUCUCAAGCAGGCCACCAGUCUCUGCAAGGAGAGGCCACCUUUCUGUGUUCACUGCCAACUGGUAGAGAUGGACCCAGAAGGAGCAGCAAGAGCGAACGAGUUAUUUAAUGAACUUACACACAAAAAUGAUCCCAAAGUGCUCACUAUGAUUUACAAGGGCAGAAGAAGAGAUAAAGCAAUUGUGGAUUUCUUAACUGAUCAGGAGGAACUUGUGUCUGUGGCAAUUUCAAGGUUUUUAGCACAGGCUAUGGUAUCUGCUCCUGUAAUGGCAGAAGAUAUAAAGUCUUCAACCUUGCCAGGAGAUGGGACUCCAGUUACCUGUGUCAUAAUGUACAUCACAUCUCUCUUUUCAUUUUAUGUCCAGUCUGCCAGCAACAACAUUGAAAGAAUUAUGAGUGAAAUAGCAGAGAUCUGCUCCAGGAAUUCUGUGCCAUAUACACCAAAGGUUGGAGAAAUGGUAUUUGGGAAGUUCUCUGACGAUGGGCGCUGGUACAGGGCUAAAGUGUUGGGAAUAUCUGGUGAUGAGGUUGUUUUAUUGUAUACAGAUUUUGGCAAUGUGGAAACAGUGACCAAAAAUGCCGUGAGAAGAUUUCAUCCAGCCUUGGUCAAUUACCCACACCAAAGCAUUCAUUGCAAGUUAGCAUCAGUGACCAAGUCAAUGGAAACUCCAGAAGUGCUUCAGACAUUUGGUAGCUUGUACAACUGUAAAGUACAUGUGAAACUGAGAGGUCCAAGUAAAGUGGACCCAUUAGAAGUAGAUAUUCUGCUGGAGGAUGGUAGUAAUGUUAACGAAACAAUUGUAAAUAUGUUUUCCUCACAAGCAAGCCCAGCAGUGACCAGUUCUAGUCCUAAAGCAAAAGAGACAGUAUUGUACACCAAGAUCCACUUCGAGGAGGCUCCUAUUCCUGUGGAUGGAACCCAGGUCGAAUGUACAAUGACAGAAUUUAAUAGUUUUGAUUCAUUUUAUUUACAAAUCAAUGAAGUCCAGGCACUUGAAAACUUGAUGACAGAACUGCAAAAUUUGAGUAAAGAACCAACACCAUAUCAACCUGAAGUUGGUGAAGAUGUUUGUGCAUUGUUUUCUGUAGACAGUAAAUGGUACAGAGCACGAGUAGUAGAGAAGAUGGAACAGGAUUCCUACAUUGUAUUAUUUGUAGACUAUGGAAAUAAGGAACAAGUCACAUCCAAUGAAGUCCGGAAAUUAAAAUCGGAAUACGUACAGCUGCCAUGCCUAGCAGUUCACUGCAGACUAGCAGUCCGGACACCUCUGUCAGAUGACCUUAAAUCAAAGUUUGCUGAACUUACAGUGUCCAAAAUUCUUUACUUUCAAGCCUUGUCUGAAAACAAUAAACUGUAUGACAUAAAAUUGUACACCCAAGAUGGCUUCUGUGUAAAUGACGUCCUUGUAGGUAAUUCUUCAAGCAGAAAGUCGGCAGUGGUAGAGGCUCCCCAAAGCAGACCAAGAAUUCCUGAAUUUGACAUGCCAGUGGAUGGAGGAAAACUCCCUUUUCUUGUCACACAUGUUAACAGUGUCAAUUCCUUCUAUGCCCAUUACUAUACAGAAGAGAGUUGUGAAAAAUUCAACAGUUUACUCCAAAAAAUUGACACCUACUGUGUAGGCAUCACAGAGCCUUAUCUUCCUGCAGUAGGAGAGCAGGUAUGCUGCCAGUUUUUUGAGACUGGUCAGUGGUUAAGAGCUGAAGUACUACACAUUGAAAACUCCUCCUAUAAUGUGCAGUUUGUCGACUAUGGAAAUGUCCACACUGUUCAAAAGGAUCAGAUCCGCAAGGCCGAUGACUCUUUUCUAUACUUGCCAAAACAAGCCAUUCACUGUAAAUUGACAAGCAUCGAUAACCAGAGCUCUCCAUUGAUUCUAGAAAAAUUUGAUGCGGCUGUAAAAAAUACACUGAGUUACAUCAAGGCUCUUGGAAAGGAGAGAAGUGUUUAUGAGGUACAUAUUACUACUGAUCAAGAGGACGUUGUAGAACAGCUGAAAAAGUUAUCGACCUCAUUCUUUCCUCGCAUCUUGCCAGUUGGUAGCACAAAAGAACCCUGUAUCUUUCAGGAAGUGGACAGUCUCCACUCUUUUUACUUGUUAUUAGUAGGUCAAUCUUACAGGGAAGAGUUAUCUGUUCUUGAAGAAAAAUUGAAAAACUUUGUCGAGAAAUCUUCCUCACCCUAUCAGCCUGUAAAAGAUGAAAUUGUUCUAGCCAAAUUUUCAGAAGAUGGAAAAUGGUACAGAGCCAAAGUUUUGGAGGUCUUAGGUGAAUCCGCCUUCAAAGUGUACUUCAUUGAUUAUGGAAAUGUGGAUUUGAACACCCCUGUGGACAUUAGACAAAUUGACCCGUCCCUCUUGUCUGUGCCAAAUUUUACUAUUCAUUGUAGGCUUGCGGACAUUGGAGAAAAGGAAUCUGAGCAGGCAUUGCAUCAGUUUAUUAACCUUGUCGCAAACAACCUCCUGCAUUUACAGGUUGUCAGGGUAGAAGUUGAGCUUCAUGAGAUAAUCCUCUUCACUGACGGAGGUGAAAAUGUCAAUGAGCAUGUGCGUCAGUCGAUAGCCCUGUCUAAGCUCUCUGCUGGGUCACCACAAGCUUCCAAAGGAGCUACAGCAGCUGGGAAUUCCCCUGGAAUAGCAGCAUCGGGAGGUCCUUCAGGGGAUGGAAACAGAGGGGGUUCCCCAGGGGCAGGGAAAAGUGUGAACAUUCGCUUCAGUGACAUGUCCAAGGUUGAACCUCAGAGUGAAGAAUUCCAGGUGAUCAUUACCUCCAUUGAUUCUCCUGAAGAAUUCUUCUGUCAAAUUGCUGAUGAAGAAGCUGUGGGUAAACUGGCGACCAUGAUGCAGGCUGUGAUGAUAUAUUGUGAGACAGAGCCUCAUGAUCCAAACCAUAAGUACAUCGUGGGGGACAUGUGCUGUGCUUUCUACAGCCUAUGUGAAUCUGAUGGGGGAUGGUAUAGGAGUGUUAUAACGGAAACGUUUCCUAAUGGAACCUACAGCCUACAAUAUGUGGACUUUGGAAAUAGAGCCAUACUACCUGCCAACCAGCUACGUCCAAUGAAACCAGACUUCAUGGAACCUCCCAUUCUGGCUUUUAAAUGCUCACUACAUGGUAUUUCAGCCCCAGAGGGACUGUGGUCUAACAGUGCUAGUGAAAAACUAAACCAGUUUGUAGACCAUGCUUUGUAUGCUCGUCUAAAGGAUCGUAGUGGGGACACCUUUGUUCUGUGGCUAAUUAGGCCGGGACAGGACGACUACAGUGAGGAUAUUGAUGUAGCAGAAUACUUGGUAUCCUGUGGUGUAGCACAAUCCAAGUCCAGUGAAGAUGAUCAAGCAGCAGCCAUUCAGCAACAGAUUGCCGCCCUCCAAGCUCAGUUAAAGAAACUCGCCCCAAAGAAGUAAGGACGGGGACAGUAGCAUGUUUUAUAUUUGCUUAAACAACUUAAUCUUUUUCUUCUUUUUUUUUUUUUUUAAAGAAAAAUUAAGUAUGAAGAUUCUGAUAUUCAAAAUGACAUUAACAAUUACUAUAAAAGUUCUGAAUUAAGCAGAACUUGUAUGUCAAAGUUGUUCUGUGACUUACCUUUAUUGGAUAAUUAAGAAAUAAAGCCCAUAGAAGGCCUAGACAAACUUAUAAUAGAACAUUAUGCCUUGUACAUAUUGAAAUAUAAACAGGUACAAGCCAAUGUAUGACCUACCAUUUUAAAGUUUGCAAUAUACAGAGGUCUACUUCUUGUUCAGAGGGUUUCCAAGAGAAAGGUCACGUUGAGUUUGGUUUCUUGUGUAUCACUUUUUGUUUGAUGUACUUAAUAGAAACCCAUUGAUUUUCAUUGUGUUGUCUAGAAAAAUAACUACUGAUUAGUUAUUUUCAGCUUUAUACAUGUAAUUAUGUAAAUAUGCAUUUUGUUCAUGAUUUUCUGAACCAAUGUUCAGUAUAUUACAAUUUAUGAUCAAUUGGUAACAAAUUGGAGAAGAGUUUGUUUUCAUAUUUGAGCAUAUGUACAUGAAUCUUUUGAGAGCUAUUACAUGUAUCUCCAAUGCUGAAUUGUUGAAGUUGCUUAUUUGCUGAAACUUUUCAAUUACUUCGUUAUUUCAUUAACAAUGUAUUUUUGAGGUCUGAGUGCACAGAUAUUGAAAGAUGUUGGAAAGUGACAUAUAUUAUGUUGCAUUUUCCUUUUGAAACUUGCCAAGGAAGCAAAGUUUUGAAAUUUGUUAAAUAAGCAUUGAAGAAAUGCCUUUUAUUUUAUUUAGAGUAAUUAUAUGUAUGUUGAAGAUUUUGUGAACUGUAUCUUUUGAGGAAAUGAUUUUUUUUCUAAAAUUUAGAAGGAUUUUUUGUUUUGUUACAUGAAGUACAAUGUAUUCUUUGAUGAAAUCAAGUUGAUAAAUAAUAUUAUAAUAGGUGGCCAGAUAAAAAUAGUUCUCCAUCCUUUCAAGAAAAAAAGUCUUGUUAAAAAAACAAGAAUUUUGUUUCUCCAAAAGUGAAGAACCUGCAUAUGCAGUCCUGUGUUAUGUAUAAACAGCAUGUGUUGGAGUUUGUUACCCACGUCAGGUAUAUGCAGAGAAAUAGUACUGAUGGUCGCAAGGCCCCAAACAUGAAAAGAACAGGGAGUUAAACAUUAUACAUGUUAACCUCAUUCUUGAUGUCCAUAAAAAGAAGUUACUGUAUUUUAUUUCCAGAUGGCUGAAUACAUUUCCUUUAAUCCAAUAUUUCCUUUAAUGCAGUAUUUUUCAAAAUAUUCAUAUUUACGCUAAAAUGGGGAUGCCUCUUACAUCUUAUUGAACACUCUUUUCUUAAAUGGAGUUGGCUAUUGUUCUGCUUUGUCAAAUAGAGAACAAGUGAAAUAUUCCACAUAUUUCCAGUUCCAGUUCUUCUCCAGUGAAAAAUACCACACAAUGAGGGUCAUUCUCCUCGGGAGAUUUUCUAGAAACUUUUAUCAAGGAAACUUUUAUCAAGGAGUUGUCAAAUUCUUUGAAGAAGUAAAUAAUUCCUUAUAUUUCUGUGUCUCCCCUAAUGAUUCUUUAAUGAUUGGUCUUUUUCCCUUCGAUGGUAUCUUUUGGUACUCUUUGCCAAACUGCUCUCAUGGAUGAGUUGGCCACAUAAAAAUGUCACUUGCAUUAAGUGAAAUAUUCCACUUAUUCUUUGAUGUCCUCUUGUUGCAUUGUCAGUGACAACAUUUCCAAGUUCCCAGCAGAUACUGGUACAUUUUUAUGCCUCGCCAUGAAUAUGCCAUGAAUAUGGCUAGGGUAUAUAGUGUUUGUCAUGUCUGUCCUUUUGUCUGUCCUUCCAUCACACUUUGCAUUUAGCUUAGUUACAAAGAAACUAUUCAAGAUAUUUAAUUAAACUUCAUAUGCUGAUAAACACUGAUGAGGGCUAUUCAACUGCAUUAGCAUUUUUUGACCUUUCCUUUGACCUUGACCUCACUUUUCUUAAGUUAGUGUAUAGCUCAGGCUCAAACAUUUUUACCAAACCUUACUUGCUGAUACAUACUGAGGCCUGUUCAACAGAGUGAGCAUUCAUGAGUGCUUGCUUAAAUUCCUUAUCCCUCUAACAGAAAUGUUCGUGUGUACUCGCAAACAUUGCUCUGUUGAACAGGCCUCUAGUGAGAACUAUUCAAUUUUCAACAUUUUAUUACCUUGACUUCACUUUUCUUAAAUUUUUGUUAAGCUUAGUUUCAAAGAAACUAUUCAAGAUAUUUUUUUUAUCAAACUUCAUAUGCUGAUACAUAUUGAUGAGAGCUAUUUAACUUCAUAAACAUUUUAUUUUUUUGACCUGGACUUUUCCUUUGACCUUACUUUAUUUGAAUUAGUGAUAUCUCAAUUUCAAGAAACUUAAUAUAUUUGUAUCAAACCUUAUAUGCUUGUACAAAUAAUUAAAAAUGAUGAAGUUCAGAAUGGAAAUUAAAAAAAAAAGAUAAAAAUAUUCUGUACAUUAUGUCUUGCCAGUUAGGAAAAAGAAAUACCCCUGUGCAUUUUUUUUCUGUACAGUAGCUUAAUUGCAGAAUAUUAUUGUAUCUUCUUUAUCAUUGGUUGACCACCAGAUGUUUGAAUGCAGUUUGACACAUGUUAUACAUGUAAUGAAAAAAAAUACAUGUACAUGUAUGUACAACAGAAAAUUAUAUGUGUAUGGUAUGUCUUGUUAAUCUGUUGGGAAUAAGUAUUUUUUUUAUGUGCAUGUGUGUUAAAAUUACAUUGCAUUACUCUCUUGAUAACUUGGCAGUUGAGUGAUUGUCUAACAUAGAACAUGUACAUGUAUUGAUAUUAAAUAAUUUUCUUUCUUUUGCAACAGACUGUAUUUGAAAAUUUGGUAAAUAUUUCUUUUGCAAUCAAAACGAAUGCCCUGAUUUGUUACCAUCUAGAAUAUUGAAGUGAGUUAUUUGUGGGUGUCAAAAUAUGUUAAUACAUUUAUUUCAUUUACCAAAUAUACAUGUUAAACUGUUUGUUAAAAAAUGUAAGAAUGAGAAUUUGUAAAGUUUUCACUUUUUGCAUAUCAGAAUGCUGUAUUUUAGGGGAAAACAGAUUAUGGAAAGAAAACAUUUAAGUGGAAUUUGUAACAUAAUGAACAUGGGGGUAUAAGGUGAAAAAGGAUAGGUUCAUGGAAAAGCCUUGUUCAGUUUUCUGUUUGCACUGUGUUUUCAAAGCAAUGCUUUUAUCAUUAGAAAGUAAUAAAAUUGUAUUGAACAAAACAUUUUACAGAAAGUUGUAGCAACCUUAAACUAUGGUACAUGUAUAUCACCAUUAAAGAAGUCAAAAGUUUUGACAUAUAAUUGUACUUUUCAUGUACGGUGGGUUCUUGAUCACAUAUUUUUAAACCAAAAAGUAUACACAUGUAUUUAGAAGAUAUUCUUAGUCUGGGGACAAGGACCCUAAUAGCCCAAAAAUAUGGUAGAGUACAUAGAGUAGAAAUACUAUUCAGUGUAUGCUUGUCAUGUUAGAUGUAUGUCCAUGUUAGCUAUUACAUGUCUAACUUCUUCAAUCGUCCAACCUUUAACCCAUGUUCUUUGUGGAAGUUUGAAAUUUUUACGGUUUGGCAUCUCUAAUGUUAUUU